UGUGACUUGUGUGCGCGGUACGUUUAUAUAUGUCUGCUCCGUCUCUGUGAUUAGCGCCGUAGAAUGUUUCACGUUUGUUGAAGCUUUUUUUUCGUAGUCGUCGUCACUGUCGUUGCCGCAACGUAAAACUCGUGCUUUAAACACACAAAAUAUUCAUAAUAAAAAGAGAAGAAAAAACCCUAAAUAAAUCUUUAAUGCGAUCAUAAAGUUCGAAUGAAUGGAAAAGAAUAUACAAAAUAAAUGAAAUUUAUUAAACGAAUUUAGCAAUAAAUAACAAUAACAAAUUGAUGAAUGAAACUAAAACGAAUAAAUCAUUGAAAAAUUAAAUUAUUUUAAUCAACAUAGAUUCGUAUAAAAAGAAAACAGUGCUACAUUUUGUUAUUAAACUUUACCUGAAAUAAAAAUCGCUAAAAUCCAAUAAAAAAUUGACAAAAACCAAAUAAAAAUUAAAGUCUCAUACAAACAUGGCCUGAAACAAAGUUUGAAUUGAUCGAAACAAAAAAAAAAUGUCAAGAAAAUCAACUGUUUAACAACGCACCCGAAAUAACGCUACACAAGUAUCAAAAGAAAUAAAACUAAAAAAAAUAAAAAUUUUCAAAUUGGCAAUUAACCUUUGGACAAGUGCAACUAAACAAAUUGAUUUAAAAAAAAAAAGAUAAAUUAAAAUAUACUAAUGCAAGCCAAACACUAAUCAACGAAGACAAAAUUAAGCCAAAUAAAAUUCAAAUACAAAGCAAAGCUUUUAAUUCAAUAACAAAAAACAACAAAUGUAGUAGUGAUGAGUAUAAAGCUUAAUAGUUUAUAGCGCACGCAUCUAUAUCCCCAAGAAAAAUUAAUAAAAUUAAUUAAAAAAAAAAAUAAAGAAAAACAAAAUUAAAAAGCACUUUAAACUCUCAAACAUUAUAAAACACACAAAAAGCACAUACACAUUGUUUAGCUCGCCCGCUCUCUUCCACUCAUUAAGCAAUUUAGCUGCAAGCACCCAUAAUAAUUUGCUGUGAGAUAUUUAGAAAAGUAUGUACUAAAAAGCAUUAAAAAAAGCUUUCUUCCAUUUUAAUCCUUUACAACAAAAAAAAAACAAUCAAAAAAAAAAUAAAAACAAACAAUAUAUACAACAAUAUAUGAGAGAAUUAAUUGUAGAAACAACAACAAAAACAACAACACCACCACCACAACAACAAUACACAAUAUUGAGAUUAUUAUAAUUGAUCACUUAUCCCACACACGCCCACUCUCUCGCUCUCUCUCUCUCACGCUGACGUGACAAAUCACUUCAUUACAAUACCAGAGAUACUGCAAAGAAAUUUGAAAGUGUUCAAAUCAAACCAAACCAAACGAACGAACGAACGCAUCCUUAAUCAAGCGAUCUUGCCCAGCCAGCCUGAUCCAACCUACUGUUUCCUCCACAAUAAAGGCCAACCAGCCAUAAAGCUUAUCAAACAAAAGAAUACAAAUUCAAAUACAAAAAGCUUCUUCUAACCGUCCACAUUAUCCAUUUGUAUUAAUGAAACGCUUUUCUCUAAAGUCAACGCACUAUUUGAAAUUGCAAUCUAGACAUCUGUAUCUGUACUAAAACAUACAACUAUCCGCUACCACUUUAGGUGUAAUUUGAAAACCAAUACUGUGGUCGAUUUUGUUUUGUUUGAAACACCCAUCAAGAACUAUACAACAAAAUUUGUCCACAAUUGAGUUCGUGUAAGGAAAACAGCCUGUUCCUAACAAAAACAAAAAAACAAUACAAGAAAGAGGCGUGUUUUCUCUGCCAACUCCACCACCAGCAACAACAAGAACAACCAUAUAAUAAUUAUAAUUAUAAUAAUAAUAAUAUUAAUUAAACCGAUAACAAUCAGUACAAAAAUACAUUGAAUAUUAAACAUGGGUUUAAUUAUAAGAAAACGAUUUUCACACCUGCAUAUAAUCGUAGCACUAUGUGUGCUCUUGGCGUCUUGCACAAUAACGCUCACACUAGCUGCCGAUGAUACUAAUGACAAUGACACCUCUGAUGACAAUCAGACUCUCCUACAAAAAGUCACAACACUGCGGGCAGUUAUCGCAGGUGAUGCGGACGAUGGCGACAACGAUGCAGAUGGUGAUGAUGACGAUUCAAUAUCACCGGCAUCGUCCAAGUCGCCGGCCUUCAGUAACAGCUCAUUAGCACUGCCGCAGACAUCAUCCAGCGAUGUGGAGUGUAAUGAAGGUCUUGUUGUUCCGAUGUGGAAUCCUCAGACCAAUCUCAGUACUGGAGAUCGGGUUGCACGAGGCUUGGUUUACUUUUUCAUCAUGAUAUACCUGUUUAUCGGCGUUUCAAUUGUGUCCGAUCGCUUUAUGGGUGCAAUUGAAGUGAUCACGUCCAAGGAAAAGGAGGUGGUGAUCAAGAAGAAGAAUGGCGAGAAACAAAUUGUGGUGGUACGCGUGUGGAACGAGACGGUGGCCAACUUGACGCUGAUGGCCUUGGGUUCGAGUGCCCCUGAAAUUCUCCUGUCUGUGAUCGAGAUGUUUGCCAAGAACUUUGAAGCGGGCGAUUUGGGCCCUGGUACGAUUGUGGGUUCAGCGGCCUAUAACUUAUUCGUGAUCAUAGCGCUGUGUGUGUUUGUGGUGCCCGAUGGCGAGGUACGCAAAAUCAAACAUUUACGGGUGUUCUUUGUCACUGCUACGUGGUCGGUGUUCGCCUAUAUCUGGCUGUAUCUGAUUCUGGCCCAAAUCUCUCCCGGUCGCGUUGAAGUCUGGGAGGGUCUGCUGACGUUUAUGUUCUUCCCCGCCACUGUGCUCACCGCCUACAUUGCCGAUCGUCGGCUAUUGAUCUACAAAUAUCUGGACAAGAAUUAUCGCAUGAACAAGCGUGGCGUUAUUGUGAGCGCUGAGGGCGACGCAGCGCUCGAAAUGAAUCAACAGGACGAAAUCAAGCAGCUGGAGGAGACCGAAGAGAUGAAGGACUUUGAGGAAGCGCGACGUGAAUACAUUUCUUUGUUAAAGGAUCUGCGCAAGAAAUAUCCACAAAGUGAUCUGGAGCAAUUAGAAAUGAUGGCUCAGGAGCAAAUGAUUAACCGUGGUCCCAAGUCCAGAGCCUUCUAUCGCAUCCAAGCUACACGUAAAAUGAUGGGUAGCGGCAACAUAAUGCGCAAGAUUCAAGAGCGCGCCCAAAGUGAUCUCAGCGAGGUCAAGGCUCAACUGCAGCGGGUGGACGUCAAUGUCGACGAAGAGGAGGCCACCCUUAGGGUGUUCUUCGAGCCCGGCCAUUACACCGUAAUGGAAAGCUGCGGUGAAUUCGAGUUGCGUGUAGUGAGACGUGGCGAUCUAUCUGGCUACACCACGGUCGAAUUUCAAACCGAAGAUGGUAGUGCCGAAGCCGGCAGUGAUUAUGUGGGCAAAAAAGGCGUUCUCACCUUUCCGCCCGGUGUCGAUGAGCAGCGUUUCAAGAUCGAGGUCAUCGAUGACGAUGUCUUCGAGCAGGACGAACACUUCUAUGUUCGCCUUAGCAAUCCUUCGGAGUCGGCUGUAUUGUCCGUUCCCAAAGUGGCCACAGUUAUGAUUUUGGAUGACGAUCAUGCUGGUAUUUUUGCUAUUUGCCAAAAAGAUCACGAAUUGGUUGAAUCGAUUGGUUCGUACGAGCUGAAAGUGCAACGUUAUUCGGGUGCGCGUGGCAAAGUUAUCAUCCCCUAUUGGACGGAGGAUGGUACGGCCAAGGGUGGCAAAGACUACGAGCCGCAACAAGGCGAAUUGGUGUUUGAGAAUAAUGAAACUGAAAAAAUUAUACAAUUGGGUGUAAUUGAGGAAGGCAGUUAUGAAAAAGAUGUACUCUUCUAUGUCAACAUUGGUGAACCCAUUAUGGCUCCAGAUAAUAGAUCUAAUAAAAAGGAUGCAUUUGUAUUUUUUAACAAAUUUUUGGACGAUGAAUUGGCAGGACUUAUACAGGAGGCUGAAAAUAAAGCACCGGAGGAAUUAACAGAAGAAGACAAAAUGGCUCUACUGGGACGUCCCAAAAAUGGUGAUAUUGUACGCGCACAAUUGCGUAUUAAAGAAAGUAAAGAAUUUAAGAAUACUGUAGACAAACUGGUACAAAGAGCCAAUGCAUCUUUAGUAAUUGGUACAUCCUCGUGGAAGGAGCAAUUUAUUGAAGCACUUACAGUGAAUCCCGGCGAUGAUGGUGGCGAAGAAGGCGAUGAGGAGGGCAUGUCAGCCACACCAUCCUGUUUUGAUUAUGUAAUGCAUUUCUUAACUUUAUUCUGGAAACUCUUGUUUGCAUUCAUCCCACCAACAGAUAUUGCCGGCGGUUAUUUAUGUUUCGUAGUAUCAAUAUUUUGCAUUGGUGUGGUCACCGCUGUUAUUGGUGACAUUGCCUCAUAUUUCGGUUGUACGUUGGGCGUCAAAGAUGCCGUCACUGCCAUUUGUUUUGUUGCUUUGGGUACAAGUAUACCAGAUACAUUUGCCAGUAAAGUAGCUGCCAUUCAAGAUAAAUACGCUGAUGCUAGUGUGGGUAAUGUAACCGGUAGUAAUGCUGUAAAUGUCUUCCUGGGCAUUGGUGUUGCGUGGUCUUUAGCUGCGAUUGUGCAUGAAGCAAAGGGCACCGUUUAUGCUGUAGAACCCGGAACUAUUGCCUUUUCUGUAACACUUUUCUGUUCGGAAGCUUUAAUUGCCAUCCUUAUACUGAUGCUAAGACGUAGUAAAAAGGUUGGCGGUGAAUUGGGUGGUCCCAGAAACAUCAAAAUCUUUAGCAGUGUUAUAUUGUUCAGCUUAUGGGUCAUUUAUUUGCUGGUAAGCACAUUGGAAGCAUAUGGAGUCAUUCAUGGAUUCUAAGCAGCAACUCCCUCAACAACAAUACAACACAUCUUUACAACCAACCAAGUAGCAGAAGUAGAACAUGAAAAAAUAUUGAAAAUAAUAAGCGAAUUAACAUCAAACAACAACAAAAAAAUACCAGCAUUACUAUUUGUAACAACUUUUUUUAUAAAUACAUAAUAUACAUUUCACUACUAUUACAUACAACAAAAACAAAAAAAAAUGAGAAAAACUACUAUCUAGAAAACAUAAACUAUAAAAAAACACAAGCUAACUUAACUUAACUACUACUACUUAGAGUUACUUAAUGUUAGAUUUAAAACUAAAUACUAAAUAUUGAGUCAAAACCUAAAAAAAAAAGAACCAAAAAAAAAACAAACAAAAUUUUCAUUUUUAUAACUUUUUCUUAAGUCCAAACAAACCUAAAAAAAACAAGUCAUAAAUAUUUAUCAACUGUAAUCGAGUCACACAGAAUUUAGUUAAAAUGUGUAUGAGAAACCAGAAAUUUAAAGAAAGAUAAAAAUUAGCCUAGCUAAACCAUCUAAAACAAAAUAAUUUAAGUUUUAGAAAAGAAACUAAAGAAAAAUGCAAUACAAGGAGUUUUGCAUAAGUUUAGCAGCUUUGUAAAUGUUGUCAGUUUGUUAGCAAUAUUGUGGAGAAACAUUUCAUUGAAAUAAAUGGUAAAUAAUAAAAUCUUUAAUGUUGCUAAACAAUUGUUAGUUUGUAACUAAACGUUCUGUUUAAACCUACAGCCUAUAAGUAUGUAAACUUUAAUGUUUAUAAAUAUUUAACUCAAGAAAUAAAUGUAAACAAUAAUUCCUUAAUGUUUCUAAACAAUUCUAGUACUGUAAGUUGCUAAACAACUUUGGGUCUAAACAUUCUUUGUGAAUCUGCAACAUAUUUAUGUAAACUUUAAUGUUUAUAAACAUUUAACUCUUUAAAUGUAAACUAAACAUCUUAGUAUCUAAAAAUUCUGUGUGAAACAUGUUUCUAAACAUUUAACUCUAGAGCCAAACGAACAUUUUUAUUAUUAAAACCAACAUUGAUAAACUUGAAAUGUUUAAGCUAGCUUUACACUUUCUGAGUUAAAUUAGUGAAAUAAAGGAGAAUCUAAUAAUAGCUCUCUGAGAAUUUAGCUCUGUUAAGACCUCAAAUAGUGUAAAGAAAGCUUUAUUAAGUUUAUGUUGCUAAACAAUGUUUAAGCAAAAUUGUCACAAUAUUAUUAUUUGGAAUUCUAGCAAUUAGAAUUUGUAAUAAAUAAAUCUAUUUUGCAUAAAUUGCUUUAGAAAACAAUGAAAUUUUAAUCAAAUUUUAAACUUCAGCAACAUGUUGCUAAACAUGACUGAUAUUAAAAGCUCUAACUAAAGAAACAUUCUAGAAAACUAUUUUCUUUUUUAAAAUCUUUACAUAAUGAGUGUAACAUAGACAUUUUAACAAAUUUUUUAAACCAGCAACAUGUUGCUAAACAUGGCUGCUCAAACUACCGCAACAUUCUAGAAAACAAUUUUCUUUUUUUUUAAAUAUUUAACAAUUUCUUUACACAAUGAGUGAAACAUAGACAGAGAAUGUUUAAUUUCAGCAACAUGUUGCUAAAUAUGUCUGCUGUUAAAAGCUCAAACUAAAGAAACAUUCUAGAAAACUAUAUUAAAUCUUUAAUCAUUUCUCUCCAUAAUGAGUGAAAUAUGGACAUUUUAACAAAUGUUUAACUUCAGCAACAUGAUGCUAAACAUUUCUUAUAUACAUAAAAACAUCAAAGUAAGGAAAGCUUCUAGAAAACUAUUUGCUAUUUGCUUCUUAAAAACUCUCUCAAUAAGUGAAACAUUUUACUGGCAACAUUUCAAAUGUAGCUAAACAAAACCUAUAAACAUACUCAUAACAAAACUCCUUGUAUUAAAAUAUUUCUUUUUGUUUUCUAAACCAUUCAUCUAAGUGUGUUUUGUUUUCCAAAUAAUCACAAUUUGUUACUACUCUCUUUUAAAAAAAAAAACCAAAUGUGUGAAUGCAAAUGUGUAUAGUAAAACUUAAAACCUACUUUAGCUAAAUCUCUUGUCAUUCUAUAAAACCAAAUUCAAAAACAUUAGAAAAAAACCCAAGAAUUAAAAACUAAUUGUGUAUUAUUAAUUAAAUAUAAACAAUAAUUUAAAAUUAACUUAUAAAUUAAUACUACUACAAUUAUAAAAGCAAAAACCACAACAAAAAUAUUUAUUAUUACUCCAUAAUUUAAAAAAAGAA